AUGACGCAGGGACCAGCCAACGAAACGGGAAUGCUUCGAGAAACACUGGUUUCGUUUUUAGCGCUAGGGUCGGAUGUGGAAGGCGUCGAUAAGAUUUUUUUUUUUGCUUGCAUUCGAGGCAGACAGAUAUCUCGCAUUGCCACGAUUAAUUAUAUGCUUAAUUCAGGUGCAGUAGUAGACCGGGGACCCUUUUGCCCAAUCCCUCUAGAGCUACUACCUACCGUCCUCUGUAGGCGGUGA